CAGGAAGAUCAACAUCAGGACAUGAAGAGUCUGUAAUACCCUUCGACACAGAAUACGCUAAACUAGAAAAUGUCGAAGAAGAUCGUGUUAUUGGUUCUGUGUCCUGGAUGUUGUACCUGGAUUACAUCGUGCUGGAAUGCAUUCUGCUGCAGCUGUGGCUCUUCUGGUGUUUUUCCUCGUCGUUCAAGGAUUAGCGUAUUCACAGAGUGGUGGCUACUUCAUUUGACUAGUGGAUUACAUGACCAGAAGACUCAAACAGACAAUCUCUACAUAUACGCUGCCCUGGUGGGUGGGGCGUUUUUGCUCUCUGUCACUAGAGCAACAAUGUUUUAUAACGCUUUAUCAAACUCCUCUAAAAACCUGCACAAUUCCAUGAUGUCGGCGUUGUUGAAAGCCCCGGUUUUGUUCUUCGACGCAAAUCCAGUUGGACGAAUAAUAAACAGGUUUUCACGAGAUAUUGGCAUCGUGGACGAGUUGCUGCCAGAUGUAUUCCUGCAAGCUGUUGAGAUUGUUCUGCUUUGUAUUGGGGCGGUCGUUCUGCCAUCUAUCCUGAACCCCUGGAUUAUUCUGCCGGCCGCCCCACUCAUGGUUCUGUUUAUGUGGUUUGGAGGGUAUUACUUAAGGACGUCACGUGAUCUGAGGCGACUGGAAGGAUUAAAUCGAAGCCCAGUGCUCUCUCACUUCAGUGACAGGUUGGAGAGACUGGUAACUAUUCGCACGUAUAAGAAGGAAAAUGAGUUUCUGGAAGAAUUGUACAGGUUUGGGUUCUAAAGUCAUGUUAAUAAAAUAACUUCUCUCAUUAAUGUGAGUUUAUCUAUUGGGUUAUAUAUUGAUGAAAUGAAAAAAAAAAAAAAAGAAUGGAACGAAGUGUUAACAUAAAGUGGUCGCUUUCUAAGACGUGCAACUAAGGCACCUGUAUAUUUCCAAUACUGAUAAAACAAAAUUACAUUUGCAAUUAAACUUCCACUUUUUCUCUAAAUUCCCGUUAUGAACGUCUAUGAUUCUACGCGUAACUAUCGGUAGAACAGUAGGGAGCUCGGCUUUUAAUUUGUUCAAUUAUUUUGUGUAUUCUUUUUAAUCUAUCUUAAGGUUUCAAUACGGUCACAAUCAGUGCUGGGUCUCGAUUCUGUCCACAGUCAGAUGGCUAGCAGGCCGUGUAGACAUGAUCUGCGUCGCCUUUAUGACGUUAGUUCUUUUUCUCGCUAUCUGCACACAAUCAGGAUCAGGUAAAUCUGGCGAUUUUCAUGGUGAAAUAUUGUACUAAUGGAAAUCUUUUUCUCUCAAGCUAAUCUUUUUUGUUUUUCUAAAGCACAUGUUGUCGAAGGUCGUUGAAGCUACGUUGUUUACUGUUAUCCUUGCUCGUGUACAAUAAACCUCAGAGCCGGAUUGUUCAAAGCCCGAUUAAGCUAAGCCCGGAUUACGCAGA